UCGUCGUUCGGUUCGAGGCCGGAAGACUCCCGCAAGACUCGCGUUGGGUGAGGGCAGCGUCGAGUCUAUGGAUCCCGUACGCCGCCGCCAUCCUCUUCCGCUCGCGCGCCACCGAGCGGUCUUCUCCCCCGCGCGCGCUCUUCUCCCGCGCACUUCCCUCCUACGCGCGCGUCUUCUCCCGCGCACAGCAAUCUCCCGCGCGCGCUCGAGGAGGUGAAGCCGCCGUCGCCGCCAAAAUUUCCAGGAAGCACGCCUCUUUCAUGCCCCAUCCCCUCCAAGCCUCCCCGUUAAUCUCCAACAAUCUGCUGCCUAUCUCCCAUCGAGGUUCAUAUUCAGGUGCAUCCAUAGCUCCCUUCGAUUCUAUCUCCUCCCCCAUCAACUGUGACUGCAGAGAUCUCCCAAUCUCACUAAUGAAUCGAUUAAAAAAGACUGAUGGACGGCGAGGCAAAAGCGCCCCUAGAACCCGUCCUCCAUCCGCUCCAUCCGUCCAUGCUGCUGGGACAUGUGGUCCGGUCGCCGGAUCUGCUGGAAUCCACGCUCAAGCUGGAGGCAUCGGUGUUCCUCAAGAUGCUAGUGUUCUUCGAACUAGUGUUUCUUCUGUUGGUGGAUGGUGGUCAGCGUCAUCUCCUGCCGGGUUAUACCCACCAGGAGGGUUCUCAAAUUUUCUGCAUUCAUACCCAUUUGCUAACCAUCCUAAUGGAAAUGAAAAUUUUCAUUUUGUUGGUGCUGGAAUGAGUCAGUCUACAGUGCCACCAAUUGAACGGGGAGCUACAAGAACUCCCUCUCCAGCACAACAACCUCAUGAUACAGUGGAUGAUAUAGUCGAUGAUUUAGAUGCGCAAGAAGAUGAAACAAUUAAUGUUGAUGAUGAUUGUCGAACUGAGAAGCGUUUGAAUUGGAAGGUACCUGACGACAUACGAUUGGCCUUUGCUUGGUUGCGAUGUUCAAAGGACCCAGUAGAUGGAAAUGACAAGAAGACAGAUGCUUAUUUCCUAGUUCAGUCGUAUACUGCUGAUGGUAUAUCAUAUAUACGUUUGGUGAUAUUGUUGAGGUGUAGGGGUGGAUCACACGGUAGUAUACCACAGCUGAUCAGCUUUGUUUGUGUUGCAUAAUAAAUGUCUUUAUUUAUAGAAACUACAGUUGCAAACUUUGCAUUGGGAAGCAUGGUUUCUUGUGAUAGAGUCUUCGAGAUUUAGACUCUACAGUGGAGUCUGCACUGUGAGUGCCCUUAGAGAAUAUAAAUAAAUUAGCUUAAGUUCCACCCAAUAUAGUCCAACAUAUAUAGACUAAGGUAGACAUGAAGGUAUCCCAUACAAAGCCAAAAUGUUUAUAUGAGAAUCUUCCAUCAUCAUAUUCAUUGCAAACGUCAUUUAUGAUGAAUUCAGAACUCCAUGUGUACAUUUUAGAGCAAGUAUACUAAUCGACUGCUAGCCGGCGGAGAGGGAGUCCACGUAAUCAGAAAACAGCCACGUCAGGAGAGAGAUUACGGAGCGGGCGCUAUUCUUUUCGCCCGGCUGUAGCGCAGCGUACGAGAAAAAAACGCCGUCUUUCAGCCCGAUGCGAGCGAGAAGCCGGCGCUUCAUCCUCCCGUCUCUGUCCUCUCCGAUCCCGUGCUCCGCCUUCCCUCCCAGGGAGAAAUCGACCGUGCUCUUCCCGCCAAAUCGAUUCCUCGCGCGCCAAAUCGAAGGAUUUAAGCCUCUAAUCUUCUCCAGUCGCCACCUCUCCCAAACCCUAGCCGCCAUACCAAUAGCCUUCACUUGGGCGAGAUGAGUCGGAAGUCCAAGAGAACAUCUGCACCAACGCCCAUGGAGAUUCCGCCGCCGGUGGCUCAGUCUGGUCAGCCUGCUCCUCCGCCGUCCAUCCCUUCCAUGUUUGGACCUGGUGUCUGGUGCCCACCUCGCCCGCCGCAGUCCAUGCCUCCCUCCUCCGCGCCAUGCUGGCUAACCGGCGUACAGCAACCGGGCAUGGCAAGCUCGUCGGCUCAAGGACCUUGGUGGGCACCUCCAGGCGCUGGUGCUUCAGCAUAUCCUUGGUCUGGGCCUAAUAAUCUUGAGGAGUCCGAUGUGCAAGAAUGGGGAUUAGAUUCUCACCCUCCUGGUGGUUUCCUAAAUAUUUUGAAGAGCACACCACAAGCUGCAAGCAAUGGGAGUUCGUCACAAGCAAUACAUAUUGAUGUUGACAACAAUACUAGGACUGAAAAACGCUUGACAUGGACAAAAAAGGAGGAUCUUAGAUUGGUCGCUGCUUGGGUGAAUAAUUCAAAUGAUCCAGUCCAAGCCAAUUAUAAGAAGAAUGAUCAGUACUGGAAAGGUGUUGCUGAUGUAUUUAAUAGCACCACUCCAAAAGAUCGAGUCAGGACAGCCAAGCAAAUAAAGGAUCACUUUGGAAGAAUUAAGAAAAGGGUUGCUUGUUUUUGCGGUAAUUGGAAGGAGGCCAAUGCUAUGUGGGCUAGUGGUGAAUCUGAUGAGGACGUAAUGAACAGGGCACUGGAAAGUUACGCAGAAGACCACAAAAAGGAUGGGCCAUUCAUGUUUAGGCAUUGUUGGGAAGUUCUUAGUAAGGAGCCAAAAUGGGACGCCUAUCUGGAACGCCUCGAGGAUCUUGAACCAGGCAAGAGAAAGUUUGUUGAGGAUGAUGAGGAGCAACAUUUCUCUCUAGAUGAUGAUGAACGGCCAAUAGGGGGAAAGAAAGCUAAGGAGCAGAAAAAGAAAAAAAACAGCAGCAUUGUAUAAUAGAUCUUGAAGAUGAGCUUAACAACUUUUUAGAUGCUCAAAAAGCAGCAAAUGAAGGGCGUGCAGAGAUGCUAGAAACACAAAGGCGUGUGUCCAGUGAGAAGCUUGAAUCUCGGAGACUUGCUCACCUUGCAGCAAAAGAGCACAAGGAGGCAGUUAUGCUAGAAACAUAUAGAUCAUUAUUGAUGCAAAACUUCCUCAAAUAGAGAAGCACCAGUUGUUUGCGGAGCAUCAAGAAGGGGCAAGGAAAGGAUGGGCAGCCUUCAUGAAGUCUAUAACACUUCCUCAAAUAGAGAAGCACCAGUUGUUUGCGGAGCAUCAAGAAGGGGCAAGGAAAGAUGUAGAGCGUGCUUUUGGGGUAUUGCAAUCCCGUUUUGCCAUUGUUCGUCGGCCCGCACGUCUAUGGAAGAGAAAGAGUAUUGGAAGGAUUAUGCUCGCUUGUGUGAUUCUCCACAAUAUGAUAGUGGAAGAUGAAAAAGAGGAUGUUAAUAUUCAUAUUGACUUGAAUGAGAAUCCAGGGGCAUCCUUUGCUCUACCUCCUGAAGUGAACACUAGUCGUAAUCCACGCUUUGCCGAUGUCAUGCGUAGAAAAGCUGCUAUUCGAGAUCGUCCACAACAUACCCAACUUAAAAAUGAUCUCAUUGAGCACAUUUGGUGUAAGUUCCGAAAUAGGCAACAUAACUAGUCAUGGACCGGGCAUGGCGUGCUAGAAGCUGCAGAUGCUACUUGCAGUGUCAUGACUUUUGAUGCAAAUGGGCUGGCUGGUCGACUCUACUGAAGUCAAGCCAUCAACUAUGGCUUCAUGUUUCUAUCAGCAUCGUCUAGAUGAAUAAAUAAUGGCUUAUGUGCCGAUGAACUUUAGUAUUGGUUAAAAUUAUUGCUUUUGUAUAAGACCGAUCUUUAAGUGUCAUGUCUUGGUGCUAUUCCACCGUAUCAUUAUUGUAUUGUUGUUUGAGAUUUGAAAUUUAUCUGGUAUUGUUUCUUUUAUUUUACUA